AUGGGUCAAGCAGUCUCAGCAGAGAGAUCAACUACAUCACAGGUUACCAUCCCGGGCCAAGGCAUCUUGACAGGUUACGGGUUGAGAUCAUCCACUACAAACACUAUAUCCUCCAUUAGAUUUGGAAAGGUACCUUAUGCUCUUCCUGUGGGACCCCAGGAUCGCUUCAAAAAGGCUCUUCCAAUUCCUGAGGACUAUGACUACACCGGAGAAUAUUUUGAACCUGGAUUGAAGUGCCCACAACCAGCUGUGCCUAAUCCAGCUUUCAAAUAUGUGAAGUCUCCUAGUGAUGAACACAUUCAACAUUUGAACAUCUGGGUGCCUUCUUCAGACAAAUAUAAGCCUGCUUCAGGAUGGCCAGUAAUAGUUUAUAUCCAUGGGGGCUGGUUACAGUACGGAUCUCCAAGUUUGCCAACUUUCAACACUAACGAGAUGUUCGAUGACCAGGAAUUCCAUGAGAAGUUCAUCAUUGUUAUUCCUGGCUACAGAGUCAACAUGUUUGGUUUCAUGUCUUGCAAGGAGCUCUUAGAGGAGAGCAAUGACUCCUCCAACUUUGGAUUCUGGGACCAAAGAAUGGCCAUUGAGUGGGUUUUCAAGUAUAUCAAGUACUUUGGAGGAAAUGAGGAUUUCAUCACCGUGGGAGGAAUCUCUGCUGGUGCAUAUUCUGCCUUUUUCCAGCUCACGUAUGAGCUUUACCACCCUGAUGCUAUCCAGGUCAUCAAGCAGAUCGUAUUCCAAUCCAACACGCCAUACUCACAACCAAAGGAAAUUGAUGAGUGUCAGGAGCAGUUUGACGAAAUAGUUAGCAAGCUUGGGAUUGACAAGAAUGCUUCAGGUGCUGAAAAAUUAGAGGCACUUAGAAAACUUGAUGCUGGAUACAUUGAAGAUUUCAUUCCAACCUUGGAGCUUCACACUUUCAGAGCAGUAACAGACAAUGUUUUUGUUCCUGAGGGUAUCAUAGACGAUCUCGUUUCAGGAAAAUUGGCAGAGAAGCUCACAGCCAAGAAUAUCCGGUUCAUCUCUGGAGAGGUUGACAACGAGCCACUUAAGUACUCGCUUCUUAACACUCCAAACAGCUUGAAGGAAUUGAGGACUCAGAUCCACAAUUACUAUCCAGCCAAGGUAGUACAGCCACUUCUUGACUUAUACAUGCCUGAGCCUUUGGACGAGAAUGAUGAUGGAUUUCAAGAGAACCUUCGCAUUUUGUAUGGUCGAAUCAUCUCAGAUGGCCAAGUUUAUGCUUCAUCUCGUGGAUUUCUUAACCAGCUCGUCAAGCACGGAUUUCCUGUUGAAAACAUUUUCCGUUACAGAGUGGGAUACAGAGCAAAAUGGCUAGACCAACAUCUUGAUAUCAAGUACAAGGUUCCGCAUGCUCUUGAUUUCACAGUGUGGUUUUAUGCUAUGAGAGAAGGGUAUACUGAGGAAGAAAGAGUUAUAGUUAACAAGUGGUUGAAACCAUAUAUUGACUUUUUGGCUUUCAAAAAGGAUAUUGAGUGGGAUGCCACUGAAAUCCACAAGUUGAGAUAUUUCAAUUCUGACGGAUCUGUGCAAUAUAUCAAUGAUCCCAUUUGGGAAUGGAGUAUCAAGGUUGCGGAUACAGUAUUCGAGGCACAAACCAGUUGA